AUGCUCCCCUCCCGGAGGAAGGCGGCGCAGCUGCCCUGGGAGGACGGCAGGUCCAGGCUGCUUCCCAGCAGCCUUCCCCGGAAAUGCUCCGUCUUCCACCUCUUCGUUGCCUGUCUCUUACUGGGCUUCCUCUCCCUGCUCUGGCUGCAGCUCAGCUGCUCCAGUGACAUGGCCUGGGCAGCCAGGAAACAAGGGCAGGAGACCCCAGGUCCACCCCGGGCCUGUCCCCCAGAGCCGCCCCCUGAGCACUGGGAAGAAGAUCCGUCAUGGGGCCCCCACCGCCUGGCAGUGCUGGUGCCCUUCCGGGAACGCUUUGAGGAGCUCCUGGUCUUUGUGCCCCACAUGCAUCGCUUCCUGAUCAGGAAGAAGAUCCCACACCACAUCUACGUGCUCAACCAGGUGGAUCAUUUCAGGUUCAACCGGGCGGCACUCAUCAAUGUGGGCUUCCUGGAGAGCAGCAACAGCACAGACUACAUCGCCAUGCACGACGUGGACCUGCUCCCUCUCAACGAGCAGCUGGACUAUGGCUUCCCUGAGGCGGGGCCCUUCCAUGUGGCCUCCCCGGAGCUCCACCCCAUCUACCACUACAAGACCUAUGUCGGCGGCAUCCUGCUGCUCUCCAAGCAGCACUACCAGCUGUGCAACGGGAUGUCCAACCGCUUCUGGGGCUGGGGCCGUGAGGACGAUGAAUUCUACCGGCGCAUCAAGAGAGCUGGGCUCCAGCUAUUCCGCCCCUCGGGAAUCACAACUGGAUACAAGACAUUUCACCACCUGCAUGACCCAGCCUGGCGGAAGAGGGACCAGAAGCGCAUUGCAGCUCAAAAACAGGAACAAUUCAAGGUGGACCGGGAGGGAGGUCUGAACACUGUGAAGUACCGCGUGGAUGCUCGUACAGCCCUGUCUGUGGGUGGGGCCCCGUGCACUGUUCUCAACAUCAUGUUGGACUGUGACAAGGCUGCUACCCCCUGGUGCACACUUGGCUGA